AUGUUGGGUGUCUGGCGACCAGCACAGGCGACCAGCACAGGCGACCAGCACAGGCGACCAGCACAGGCGACCAGCACAGGCGACCAGCACAGGCGACCAGCACGGGCGACCAGCACGGGCGACCAGCACGGGCGACCAGCACGGGCGACCAGCACGGGCGACCAGCACGGGCGACCAGCACGGGCGACCAGCACGGGCGACCAGCACGGGCGACCAGCACGGGCGACCAGCACUGGCGACCAGCACAGGCGACCAGCACAGGCGACCAGCACAGGCGACCAGCACAGGCGACCAGCACAGGCGACCAGCACAGGCGACCACUACAACACGGACACUGCCACAGAAAUGAUCUUCUCCAAACCUUUAUCAAUAAGCAUUGAAUUACAUCACCAGAUAAUAGAACUCGAUAAUUAA